GAAACGAGACCAAGGUCAAGAUUGCCUUGGCUAGGGCGGGGGUCCUGGAAGUCCAAUGGCUGCAAAGGGCAGUCUGGAAUGUGGUGCCACUGGGUGCAUAGACAGCCUCCCACAUUACCAAGGGCAUGCUCCUGGAUCCUUAUCCCAAGACCCCAGAACAAAGAGCUGCUGCCACCAAGCAGUAUAAUAUGCGUGUGGAAGACUAUGAGCCGUACCCAGACGAUGGCAUGGGAUAUGGCAACUCCCCAAAGCUCCCUGACCGCUCACAGCAUGAGAGGAAUCCAUGGUAUGAAUGGGACCACCCCGAUCUGAGAUUGAACUGGGGUGAACUGAUUCACUGGAACCGAGAUAUGUAUAUCAGGAAUCAUGUGGACACAUCCCCGACGCCUGUUUCUUGGGAUGUCAUGUGUAAGCAUUUCUUCGGCUUCCUGACCUUCAUGCUGUUCAUGUUUUGGGUGGGGGAGACUUAUCCCUCCUACCAGCCCGUGGUGCCAAAGCAGUAUCCUUAUAAUAAUCUGUACCUGAAAUAAGGCGGCAAUCCCACCAAAGAGCUGGAGCCAGUGUUUCACUAUGAAAUCUGAGGAGGCUUCCUGGACUUUGUGCCUUCUGACUGACUCCCUCAUUCCUAGAGAUUUAACCUUAAUGAAAUCCCUAAUAAAACAGUGCUGUAGU